GGUCUAUAUUCCUGCAGAGCUGAAGUUAACUCAAACAAGGAACUGAGUCUUUUGCCUGACGGUUCUGCAAAUUCCAGCUAGCUCUUGAACUACAUAACGGAAAAACACCAUGAAGAGGUCGACAAGCAAAACCAAAGAGUGCACCUUCAAUGCUGAUGAUGGUUAUGUGAGGAUGUUCUUACGAGGGCGUCCAAUCACCAUGCAUAUUCCAGACCAGCUUAGGGACAGCUACAGCCUUGAUCAAAAGGUGGCGCUGCCAGAAAGAAAGCUAAAGCUUCAAUGGGUGUACGGCUAUAGGGGCAGAGACUGCCGUUCCAACCUAUACCUGCUGCCGACGGGAGAGAUUGUGUACUUCAAUGCUUCUGUAGUGGUGCUCUACAAUGUAGACGAGCAGCAACAACGACACUAUCUGGGCCAUAAUGAUGAUGUCAAGUGUUUGGCCAUCCAUCCAGACAUGGUUACCGUAGCAACAGGACAAGUUGCUGGAACAUCCAAAGAUGGCAAACCUUUGCAGCCUCAUGUCCGUGUCUGGGACUCUGUCAGUUUAAACACACUUCAUGUGAUUGGGAUGGGUGUGUUCGACCGCGCUGUCACCUGUGUUGCCUUCUCCAAGUCGAAUGGUGGUGCUCAUUUGUGUGCGGUUGACGAUGCAAAUGACCACAUUUUGUCUGUUUGGGACUGGCAGAAAGAAAAACAACUGGCGGAGGUUAAGUGUUCCAACGACUCUGUGCUUGGUGCUGUCUUCCACCCCAUGGAGGCCAACCUGAUUGUCACCUGUGGAAAAUCUCAUCUCAACUUUUGGACAACGGAAGGGAAUACUCUUACAAAGCGCCAGGGACUGUUUGAGAAACAUGAAAAACCAAAGUAUGUACUGUGUGUUGCUUUCGCUGAGAACGGAGAUGCAAUCACUGGGGAUUCUAGCGGAAACAUCUAUAUCUGGGCUAAAGGUGGAAACAGGAUCAGCCAGGUGGUUUCGGGAGCCCAUGAGGGUGGGAUCUUCUCUCUAUGUGUGCUGAAGGACGGAACGCUGGUAUCCGGUGGAGGAAAAGACCGCAAAGUGCUGCUUUGGGACCACGAUUACCGCAAAAAGAGUGAGAUUGAGGUUCCUGAGGCUUUUGGCCCUGUCCGCACUUUAGCAGAGGGAAAACAAGACGAGCUGUUUGUGGGAACAACCCGAAACGCUAUUCUACAAGGCUCUUUCUCUGGUUCCCUCACACCUAUUGUUCAGGGUCACACUGAUGAGUUGUGGGGUCUGGACGUGCAUCCCAGUACUGAGCAGUUUGUGACAUGUGGUCAAGACAAGCAGGUCUAUCUCUGGGACACCUGCUCCCAUCUGCCUCUAUGGAGCAAGACCAUUGAGGACCCUGGUCGUUCUGUCAGCUUUCAUCCCAGUGGCAAUGUGCUUGCUGUGGGCACCAUGACCGGAAGGUGGUUGGUGCUGGACACUGACACACGGGAUGUAGUCUCUAUGCAUACAGAUGGGAAUGAAAUCAUCUCAGUUGUUAAAUAUUCUCCAGAUGGGGCUUACCUGGCUGUUGGUUCCCAUGACAACUUUGUUUACAUCUAUUCUGCUACUGAGAACGGCAGAAAAUACAGCCGCGUUGGCAAAUGCACUGGACACUCCAGUUUUGUCACUCACCUCGACUGGUCCACCGACAGCCAGUUUAUUGUAACCAACUCAGGGGACUAUGAGAUCUUAUACUGGGAAGCAUCCAGUGGGAAGCAUAUAACUAGUGCAGAGGCAGUGCGUAACCUAGAGUGGGCCACCUCCACCUGUGUGCUGGGUUUCAGCGUGUUUGGCAUCUGGCCAGAUGGUGCUGAUGGUACGGACAUUAAUGCUGUAUGCAGGUCACAUGACAACAACCUCCUUGCCUCAGCUGACGAUUUUGGCAAAGUGCACUUGUUCUCUAACCCCUGUUCCCAGCCAAGGGCCCCCAGUCAUGCAUAUGGUGGGCAUAGCAGCCAUGUGACCAACGUUGCCUUUCUCCAUGAUGACGGACAUCUAAUCUCUACUGGUGGAAAGGACACCAGUGUUCUUCAAUGGGUGCUUGCUUAGUCAUGUCUGAGCAAUCCUGCUGCAACUUCAUUGUAGACUCCUGCCCAUUAGAGGGCAGCACUGCUGUGCCUAAUUCCCUAUAUUACUGUCCUGUUUGCCCCAUGUACUAUGUUAUUGGGUUUUCUUUUUUUUUUUCAUGAGCUGCUGGCGUGGGGCCAGUUUUGUCUUUUGUCAAGAAGUAAUUAAUGUGAUGGUUUGAGGGGUGGAAGCUGAGCUUUAAUUAGUGCUAAUGGGCAACCUCUUGUCUAAAGUGAAUUGUGCACUUUGCUAAAGCACCACUAGAAGGAGCUCUGCUCCAGGAAAGAAGCAUGUUCUUAGUUGUUGACACUAUUUAAGACUACUUAAAGUGUUUUAGCUGCUAUUUGUGUUGCCGAUGCCUUUAGAAAUAAUAUAAUGCUGUCACUUAGUGGAAGUUGUAUUUUAAUAAUGUUGUGGCACUUAGCUUUUGACACAUAUCUAGGGGUGAGCUUAAGCUGUGCUUUGCCUUUUAUUUGUUAUUAAAGUUUCUCAUAUAGCUAUGUGUUUUUCCCCAAAAAUUUGUCUUUGCAAUCUAGCAACACAUUUCAAGAUAAGUUGAUUUACAUUUGACCAUAAAGUACAACAAUGUUGCAUGACAUACUAGGACACGGCACACUUACUUAACACCUUUUCCUGUUCAAAGCAUUGGAUAAAAUGCAAAUAUCAAGGACAGGUGUGUACAUAUAAAAGUGGUCAGCAUAUAUAGAUUUUUCAACGGCCAGUGCGGAAAUAUAUAUACAAUAUAGUUGCUUUAUACCAUAAAAACCAUUAUAUUCUAUCAGCUAUGACCUAUUAACUAAAUGACUGGAGCAUAGCUCUGUUGCUGUGCUUCUUUACAUGGCCUUGUGCUUGUAUCUCCUAGUAGAAGCUUAUUCAGAGUGUUUACAGUAUUUACAGCCAACAGUUUUAUGGAGACAGACAUAAAGGUCAUAAGGUAAAACCUUACAACAUAAACAACCUCUAGCGCCAUCUACAAUUUCAAGAUGUUGACAUUCAGAACAUUACAUUUACAUUUAUGCAUUUGGCAGACGCUUUUAUCCAAAGCGACUUACAUUACCUCUGUAUUGUGCAUAUCCAGCCCUGUUCUGGCAUACUUGUUAUUUCAUAAUAGUUAUUUGGAAUUAAAGUGUUCAUUCAUAGUA